AUGAUGAACGCGGACAACGAUACCGAGAAAUUGUUAGAUAACUCGGACGAUGGAGAAACAUUUGGCUCUUAUCACGGUAGAAGACGUAGUGUCAGUUCGCGCGAGAAGAUGAAGGUUUUACUGAGUUGCUUGGUGAUCGGUUCGUUGAUCAGUUUUCUCUUCGGGUUAUCGGCAGGGGCGCUAUAUGGGUAUGGAAAUUCAUCAGGGAUAUUUAACAACUUCAAGCCGGCCAAAAUUUCGAAAUCAGAUCCAAGAUGGACAUAUGAUUGCAAAACCUCGAAAUGUGUGAGAAGAAGACGAACAUUUCUCAACGAGCCACAAAUAUCUCUAGAAACAUGCAACAUGUUGUGUUCCAUACCAUCACUAUGGCCAAAACCGAAGUCAUUACGAACAAAAAACGGCAUCUCAACCUCUUUCAACAAAAACCACAUUUCUCUGAGAAAAAACGUUCCUAUUGCCAUAGAAAAAUAUCUGAGAGAAGCUAUCAACAUCUUCAUGAACAAUUUACCUACUCUACGUGGAACGACUAAGGCAAAAAAUAUAAACGAUUCCGAAGUUAUCGUUGACAUCACUGUAGCCAGCCACGAAACCAAACUGUCACCGUCAACGAAUGAGAGCUACAGCCUCUCAGUCACCCAAACUCGUACCAACGUGCUCGCAAACAUAACAGCGCCCACGUACUUUGGCGCCAGGCAUGCUUUAGAAACGCUUAGUCAGCUCAUAUGGUCGGACAGCUCGUUGAAUAGUCUCAGAAUAUACCACGAUAUCUUCAUAGAAGACGCGCCUGCGUUUCCCCACCGUGGAGUAAUGGUGGAUACCGCGAGAAACUUCUUUCCCGUGGAGCGACUAUUGAGGGUGAUCGAGGGAAUGGCUGCUUCCAAACUGAACGUCUUCCAUCUUCAUUUGACUGACGCUGUCAGUUUUCCGGUGGUGCUGCCAAAUAAUCCGCAGUUCGCGCAGUAUGGGGCGUAUCAACCUGAUAUGGUUUAUACCGUGGAUGAUAUCAAAGGUCUGAUCGAAUUUGCUAGGAUCAGAGGAAUCAGAACCAUCCUCGAAAUAGAUGCACCCAGUCACCUUAAUGAAGGUUGGAACUAUCCUACAGAAAACAAAGAGAAACUCGUCAUAUGUGGUGAAGAAGACGUCUUCAACGGUCACUUGAAUCCUGAUAACAAACAAGCUUUGGACGUACUCCAAAGCAUAUACCAAGACCUUUUGGCUCUUGGUACCGACAAUGAAACUUUUCAUGUUGGUGGUGAUGAAGUCAAUAUGACUUGUUACGGACAGACCAAGUCCGCCGUGGGUUUCAAUAGUACCAACGACUUCUGGGUGGACUUUGCUAACAACAUUUUCAAAACUGUCAUCACUGCAAACCAUAACCGUCCUCCCAAUAACCUAGUUAUCUGGUCCAGCCCACUGACAGACUACUACAUUCAGUCCUUGAAGUAUCCGAAAGACAUUGUUGUUCAGUACUGGUUCGGAAGCUUGGAACCCAUCCUAAGAAACGGCAACAAAGUGAUAUUUUCCACGGUUGGCAAGUGGUACUUAGACUGUGGAUUCGGUCCUUGGAAACCUAGUGAUAUCAGUGGGGUGUGCGACCCUUACACCUCUUGGCAGACUUUUUACAAGUACAGACCUUGGAGUGAGUAUGCAGAUCACGUGACGCAAGUUCUGGGAGGUGAGGCCUGCUUGUGGUCUGAGCAAGUCGAUGUAUCGGCCUUGGAGACGAGGAUUUGGCCCAGAGCAGCAGCAAUGGCGGAGAGAUUGUGGACUGAUGAGGAAAGUUUUGAUAGUUAUGAUGUAUUUUCGAGGAUGUCUAGUCAUAGAGAAAGGUUGAUAGAGAGAGGUUUUCAAGUAUCUGCGAUUUGGCCUCUCUGGUGUACGCUGAAUCCUGGAAAAUGCUGA